CUUCUCUCUUCUCUCUUCACUCUUCAUCUCAGCUCCAGAAAAACCUUCGAAAACCCUACAACCACCUCUCAAAAUUUGCUGCAAUCCGCUCUCUAUCUCCCGAAAUGUACAGCUUAUCGAGGCGUUCUGUUCCGGCUAUCCUCCGAGGCGGCGCUGCGCUCAAUCGCGCUAUUUAUUCCGUCGACCAUCAGCUCUCCGGAGAGAGUGAUCCAACAAAGAGAUGGUGCUCUGUGCUGACAGCCGGCAGCGGCAAUGCUAUUGGUGGCACCACGUCAUUUGAUCUGAAAAUGGGGCAUUUUAUGUGGUGUCGUUAUGAGACAACUGCUGCUUCAGCUAAUCCACCUCCGCAACCUCAAAUCCAAGCAGAGAAAAAAAAGAAGACCAAGAGUGUAGUUGGAAGGGAUUGGGAUUGGGAGCUUACAAAUGAGAGGCAGCCAAUAUGGCUGCGUAACCCUGAUGAAGUUAAAAAGGAGGAGUACAAUGAGUUCUACAAGAAAACAUUUAACGAUUAUUUAGAACCCCUUGCCUCUUCACACUUUGGGACUGAGGGUGAAGUUGAGUUUAGGUCUAUACUAUAUGUGCCGUCUAUGAAACCCUCAGGGAAGGAUGACAUUAUCAACCCCAAGACAAAGAAUAUAGGGCUGUUUGUAAAAGGAAAAUUCAUUUCUGAUGGUUUCGAUGGUGAAUUGUUACCACGGUAUUUGAGAUUCAUCAUGGGUGUUGUUGAUUCAAAUGAUCCUCCUCUAAACGUCUCAGGCAAAAUCCUUCAAGAAAGCCAUAUUGUUCGCAUUAUGAAAAAACGUCUGGUGCGCAAGGCCUUUGACAUGAUCCGUGGCAUAUCUAUGAGUGAAGAUAGAGAGGACUAUAUGAAAUUCUGGAGGAAUUUUGGCAAACACUUGAAGUUAGGUUGCAUUGAACGUGAGAACCGCAAACGCAUUGCUCCAUUACUUCGAUUUUUUUCAUCUCAAAGCACGGAGGAUGUUAUCAGCUUGGAUGAGUAUGUUGAGAACAUGAAAGCUGAUCAGAAAGAUAUUUAUUUCAUUGCGGCUGACAGCGUAACUAGUGCAAGGAAUACACCCUUGCUGAAGAAACUUGUCAAAAAGGGUAUCGAGGUUCUGUUCUUGGUGGACCCUGUAGAUAAGGUUGCUAUCCAAAAUCUGAAAUCUUACAAGGACAAGAACUUUGUGGACAUCACCAAACAAGGUUUAGAUCUUGGUCAGUUAUUAGGCGGCAAGGAUGAAGACAGAUAUAAAGAGAUGAAGCAAGAGUUUGGUACUUGUGACUUGAUUAAGAAGGUUGCAUUGCCAGACUCACGAGUCUUAUAUACUGUGCUACGAUCACCUCAUAUUGAUAAAAAGUCUAGAGAACAAUUUCAAAUGAUAACUAAGAAAGAAUAUUAUGUCAUAAAAGCUCAAAGGCCGUCUGAAUUGCGUCAGAAGUUCUUUUGGUUAAAGCGCCGUGCAACUUGGAGGACAUAAGACUUCUCGAUUGCUGAAUGGAUGCUCCUACCCCACCAUGCCUGGCCCUUUACCGUACCUCAAGAAGAAAGACGGGGUGUGUCUACAGCUUUUUAAGCGAGUUGCCCGUGUUCAAGUCUCAAACCAUCUUAUUAUUUGUAGUUGCUUGAUAGCUAGUUCUCUGCCUCUAGGAAUUUUGGUGUUUGGGAUGGAAAUUUGGAGGAGCUAUUGUAUUCAGUUUCAUAAUGAUUUUUGUUUUUCUAUAA